UAUCGCUUACUCAGUCGUAGUUAAGCGUUCGUGAGUAACGCUUAACAAGAAAAUUGAGUUACAAUGACCAAAAUAAAUUAUUUCUAUUUUUUAAGCAUUUUUUUAACAUCAACCCUUUGUUAUGACCUGGAUGAUAUAAAAACCAAAACAAAUCCAACAACUCAAUCAAACGCAGUCCUUGAAUUAAUCCAGCGAAUAAUCCCUGAUAGAGCUGAAGAUUUCAUCGUCGAAGUAAACCCAAAUUUAAUGCUAAACGGAAAAGAAUUAUUCCACAUCGAAUCAGUAACAUCAGAUAAAAUCAAAAUAAGUGGAACAACCGGGGUUGUCGCAGCAACCGGAUUUAAUUACUACCUAAAGUACUAUCUAAACAGCCACGUUUCUUGGGAAAUUUCCCAACUAAACGUUCCUAAAGUUUUCCCCAAAAUCAAUUUAACAAACACUUUAAACGAUAAGCUUCGUUAUUACCAAAAUGUUUGCACAACGAGUUAUAGCUUCGUAUGGUGGAAUUGGAAAAAUUGGGAAAAACACAUCGAUUGGAUGGCAAUGAACUCGUUCAACUUAGUUUUAGCUUUUAACGGCCAAGAAGCCAUUUGGAAAAGGAUUUACGAAAAAUUAAAUUUAACACGAUCCGAAAUUGAUGAUCAAUUCACUGGGCCAGCUUUUUUAUCAUGGGAACGAAUGGGAAAUAUUAAGAAAUGGGGUGGCCCCUUAUCGCAAGAAUUCCAUCAAAACUCAUUAACCCUUCAAAAACAAAUCAUAACCCGAAUGCGAAAUUUGGGAAUAAUCCCGAUUUUACCCGCGUUCUCAGGUUAUGUUCCAAAAGCCAUUAAAAGAAUUUACCCCUCGAUUAACAUAACGUCAAUGAAAUGGAAUCAAUUUAACGAGGAUUACCAAGCGUCCCUUUUAGAUCCUUUCGACCAUCAUUUCCAAGAAAUCGGAGAUCUCUACAUGUACGAAAUGAUCAAAGAAUUUGGAACCGAUCACGUUUACAGUGCGGAUACUUUCAACGAAAUCAUCCCACCAACGACGAAUUUGGACUAUAUCAAAAGAGCUGGUGAAGCAGUUUACGAAGCGAUGAUAUACACAGACCCAAAAGCGAUUUGGGUGAUGCAAAAUUGGCUGUUUGUGAACGCCUUUCUUUAUUGGACCCCAAACAGGGCGAAAGCUUUAUUAACUUCUAUCCCGAUUGGAAAAAUGAUCGUUUUAGAUUUACAAUCGGAACAGUACCCGCAGUACGAUCGAUUUCAAAGUUAUUUCGGACAACCAUUUAUUUGGUGUAUGCUUCAUAAUUUCGGGGGGACUUUAGGGAUGUUUGGGUCCCCACAAAUUAUUAAUCAAAAAUCGUUUGAUGCUAGACGUAAAAAUGGAAGCACGAUGGUUGGGACUGGGUUAACUCCGGAAGGGAUUUUUCAAAAUUAUGUUAUUUAUGAAUUGAUGGCGGAGAUGGCGUUUAGACAAAACCCGGUUGAUUUAAAUUUGUGGUUUAAAAAUUAUGCUGUUAGGAGAUAUGGAAAAUUUAAUGAAGAUGCUACUCAAUCGUGGAUGUUGUUACUUUCUUCAGUUUAUAACUUCCAAGGGCUUCAACGAGUAAGAGGAAAAUACACAAUGAAUAUAUCCCCAAGCACAAGAAUUACAAUCAAUUAUUGGUACAACCCAUGCGAUGUUUACCAAGCUUGGAAUAACUUAUUAAAAGCAUCAGAUGAUUUCAAAGACACUCCAGGUUAUAAACAUGACCUCGUUGAUUUAACAAGACAAGUAAUUCAAUUAAUCGGUGAUAACAUGUACAAAGAAAUAAUUUUUGUUUAUAAACGAAAAGAUACAGAGUCUUUUAACAAUUCAAUUUCAACUUUUCUAACUCUCUUCGAUGAUUUAGAUGAUAUCUUAGCCACAAACGAAAAUUUCUUAUUAGGUUCUUGGAUAAACGCCGCCAAAAACGCCUCUAAUUCUUACAACGAAUCGAAAUUAUUCGAAUUUAACGCUAGAAAUCAAAUUACUCUUUGGGGACCAAACGGGGAAAUUAAAGAUUACGCUUCUAAACAAUGGUCGGGGAUGGUUAAAGAUUAUUUUAAACCCAGAUGGAAUUAUUUCUUAACGGCGAUGUUGAAGGCUUUAGAAACUAAAACUCCUUUCGAUCAAAACGGGGUUCGCGCAAAAAUAUUCAAAGAAAUCGAACAACCUUUUAGUUUUGACACAAAAAGUUAUCCCGAAAUCCCUUUCGGAAACACCGUAGAGGUAGCUAAAAGAAUUUAUAAUAAGUGGUGGUCAAAAAUAAAUUGUUGAAUAAAUGUAAAAUC